AGUGUCUUGUUUCGUAAACUGCUUCGACAGAUAUGUGACAGUUAGGCUUGUAAAAAUUUUAGCGCCAAGGAGAAACGUAAAGGUUAAGAAAGAAAGGAACUUUUCGAGAACGAUUAUUUCCGAUUAGGUUAAAAAGUAACGAACACGUGGUGUCGUUAUCGCAAUCAUCGGAACAGGAUGAGACUUUGAAUAAAAAUGAAAAGUAUUCGGUGAUCGAACAUGGGGAAGCGUGGAAUAUAAAUAUUGGACAGAGAUUGUACGGAAUUAUGAAAUUAUUGAAAUAAAUAAUUCAGAGAGCGAGCGAACGAACGGACGAGUGAGAGGCAAUAUAUAGCAAAGGAUAUAUACAUAGGAAAGGCAAGAGAUGCGCUAGUGUUCCACUAAGCUACCCCCAGCCUUACUACCCCCACCCUUUCGUUCCAGCUCCCCUAGCUAGUGCAAAUCUCGGCGGAUGAAUGUUUUCUUAAGGGAUUCUUCCCGAAAGCGACGCGAAAAUCUGAGAGAAGUCGACGGAGCUAAAAAUUCGGAAGAUCUAAAAGGAAGUUCUAAGCAGUGAAACAAUGGAAGGUGGAGGGAAUUUGCAUAAUCCAGGCAGUUAUCCUGGCGGUGACCGUCAACAAUUUUGUGUUUCAUGGAACUCUCAUCAAUCGAACAUGCACAGUGCAUUUCCUAAACUUUUAAGUUCUGAACAAUUUGUCGAUGUCACUUUAGCCUGCGACGGUGGCUCAAUAAAAUGUCACAAAGUGGUAUUAUCCGCUUGUAGCGAUUACUUGGAACGUUUGCUGUUAGAAAUACCAUGCACACAUCCUAUUAUAUUUCUGAGAGAUAUGAGAAUGUGGGAACUUCAAGCUUUAGUGGAAUUCAUGUAUCGUGGUGAAGUAUACGUGGAGCAACAACAGCUUGGCAAAUUGAUGCAAGCCGCUGAAGUUUUGCAGGUUCGUGGUUUAUCAAAUCAAGGGAACGAUAAUUCAUCAAGCGAAAGUAGUUCGCAACAAUGUGACUCUAACAUUGCUGUUGCACCAUCUACGACCGCGCAGCAGGAUGGCUCUGAUUACAAAGGCGAGGAUACUCCAUCAGACGACGGAACUUCGAGCGCAAAUUUUUUGGAGACGACAUCGAUUGCUGCGUCUAGCACAGCAAGCGCUCCGUCGCACAGCACUACGCCAGUCCCACAGAACUCGAAUUCGUCAAAUUUUAUGAAUAUGGAGCACAGCGAGGCGUUACAACAUUUGGAAAAAGCACUCAGCGCUUGUGAAGCGACAUUAACUGAGACUCAGGGCAUGGUUAAAAUGGAGCCAGACGAGCAGUUUACUCAACAGCACGACGUUAAACCGUAUUCUAUUAGCAUGGUACCGAGCGGUAAUUGUAACCCGAGCAGUCCGUUUCCUGCGAUUGAAGGUUAUCAGAGACGUCAGAGACGUUCGGAAGAAGAAUUGAAGCAAGCUUCGGAUAUGGUAGCACGUGGUAUGACGUUUCAAGUCGCUUCGGAAAAGUACAAAAUUCCGAUAAGUACGAUUCGAUUCUAUAUGGUUAGAAAGGGUAUAUUGCAAAGGCGAAAACGCGGUCGUGGUUCGAGCAAUCUUGGCAUGAACAGUCAACCGGGAAGUCCUGCAAGUCCGCCAUAUCAUAUGAUGAACUAUCGUUUGCCAGAAAGCCUAAACUCCAGCCUACCGUGCAGAAUUAAAUCAUUCAACUCCAGAUGCGUCGAUUGUCGAGAAAGAAAGCGAUCCGUCACAAAAGGGUUAAAUAAUCCAGAGGAGAAUGAAAGAAACAAGGAAAAAGAACGAAUCGAUACGGAACAACAUCGUUUACCUACGGGUUUCACCGAUAGAAGAGCAGAAGGGUGA